CCAAAGUUCAGUGAGAAACAUCAGCCACGCUCCGCUGCACCGCCCCGAGGACGAUGGCCGGGUCUCCUGCACUGCUCCUCCUGCUCAGCCUGGGGCUCUGCUGCACCAGCGCCCAGGGACAGAGGAACACGAUGGAGGCCAGGUUCUUCAACAGGACUAUGAAGCAUCCCCAGGAGGGACAGCGGCUGGAGCUGGAGUGCCCGCCUUACAACAGUGACAGUAGUGUUUCCUGGGUCCGACAGGGCAAGGAUGGGAAACUUCACUUCAUCGUCUACAUUUCUGUGUUUUCCCAGACCACCUACCCAGGGAAUGCGAAAACAUCUUCACAAUUUGAGGGGUCAAAACAAGGCAAAUCCUAUCGGCUGGUGGUGAAAAACUUUAAGGCACAGGACCAGGGGAUCUAUUUCUGCACGAGCACCAUCAACCAAGUGCUGCACUUCAGCUCUGGACAACCCGCCUUCUUCCCAGUCACAACAGCAGCACCCACCACACACACAGCCACCACCCAGAGCAGCCAGGUCACCAUGAAGGACAACUCACAACAGGGCCCAGAUGCAGCAGAACACAUCACAUCCACUGCCACCACCCAGAGCAGCCAGGUCACCACGAAGGACAACUCACAACAGGGCCCACAUGCAGGAAUAAGUAACAAAAACACGCUGAAUUCCAUCUGUAAUAUUUUCCUCUGGGUUCGAGUGGCUGGCACCGGCCUCCUGCUCCUCACUGCCAUAACCAUCACCAUCACGCAUUGCCAAAGACCAAGCUCAGCGUAAGCAAGCAGUGCUGCGUCGCUGCUCAGCAGAAGGCACACAGGCGUCCUCCUCAAGCACCGCACGGAUCCCAGCAGCAACACACACAGCUGCCCUGAUGCAGCGCGGGCAUUUGGCUGCUCCUUCUCAGCCUGCGCUUCAAUCACUCCCAAAACUCAGCUCUCAUACCCCAACCUCUCUCUCACUUCUGAAGUA